UCACUUAAUUAGAACUUCACUCUAUUUCCGACGUUACAACGUUUAUUAAAAAAUUUAUCAAAUAAAAUAAAGUAUUUUAGAAAUGGCUUCAAGAUGUGAAGUUUUCUUGGAAAUCUUGCUUGCAAUCUUGCUUCCACCUCUUGGAGUUUUCUUUAGACAUGGUUGUUGCAGUUGUGAAUUCUUGAUUUGCUUGAUUUUAACCUUAUUAGGUUAUAUUCCUGGGAUUAUUUAUGCAAUUUAUGCAAUUGUGGUUCGUGGUCAUGAUCAAGAUGAAGAAUGGCGUCCUCUUACUGCCUAAUUAUUAUUUUUUUAAUUAUUAUUAUUAUUAUUAAUUUUUUUUUUUUUUUGGAUAAUAGGAAAACAAUAAUUCUAGAUUUAUUUGAUCCAGAAAAUAUUUUUUUAGCUGAUAUGCUUUGGUUCUUUAACAGAAAUUAAUAAAAGUUUUGGCAUAUUGUCCCUAUUUAUUUUUA